CUGAGACUCCGCCCGCCUAGUCGCUCUUGCAUCCUGACGCGUUGCCCUGGCAACCCUCGCUCUGCCUUGCUCAGCGCACGCCGUGGCUUCCGGCCUGGGUCCUCCCAACAGACGCCGCUGUCUUCUAUCUGAGGGGUCGGCAGGAGAACUCUAUGGAGUAAAGAUGAGCAGUCAGCUAAGAGUGAAACAUAUUGAACUUGUGGUCCAGCAGCUUGACAAAUUCAGUCCUGAAAAUGAGAAUAUUGGACAUUUCUUGGAUGAAUCAACUAAGGCUUUACAGAUUAACACUCAAAAAUUCGAUCAAUAAUUCCAAAAUGACAUCAGGCCCAAGAAAAGCAGAUCUUUCUCGUAUUCAAAUUUACUAUCAUUCAAAUUUACCAUAUGUGGUUUUUAAUGUAUCUGAUGAAACCUUUUUGAUGGAGACUUUGGCUGGAUGUAUAGAAUAUAAACCUAUAUUGGAUGUGGUGGUCAAUGCAUUUUAUAUCCGAGAUGGAAAACAUUGCCUGUUGACCGAGCGUAAUCUGUAUGUUGUUGUUUGUUAUUUGGCCACUUUUCGACUGGAAGAGCUUGGUCUUCAACAGUUCAGCAGAAUAAUCAAGUCACUAGAUGUUGCUAAGAUAUGCAAGUUCCUUAGGUUCUUUUUCAGUGUCAUGAAUUUGAACACAUGGAUAAAAGAUGAAUGGAGCCAGAUAUAUGAUUCUGUUUAUGUAAAAGAUAACUGGAUCAAACCAUUGCUAAGAUGGCAGCCAAAAGUGCAACAACUGAUUGAUCAACUUACUGAUAAAAUAGCUAAAUACACAACUACAACUUCAAAGAUAACUGAACCAAAGGAGUUUCUUUUGACAGUCCCAACUCCACGAGCAAUACUGAUUCCUGAGUUAAUUCCACUACAAGAGAAAACAAAACCUGUUCCUGAGACAACUUACAAACCUCCUAGAUGGAAGGAGUACCUAGAAGGAAUCAAACUGAAGAAUCGCCGGAAAGCAGAGGAACUACUACUGGAAGCAAACAUUAGCCAAUUUGCUUGUGCAGGCCCGAAGCUUGAACAUAAAAGUACUAUAAAUGAAAUUCCAAAGCAUGCAGAGAAAUUUCAAGCUCAGAAGAUCAAAGGGCAGAUUGACAAUCCACCUAUCAAACUAAAUGCAACAGCAAUCUUAAGAGAAGGUGUCCUCUACCAACGAAAAGUGGAGGAGGAACUCAACAGAAUUGAACAUCUUCUUCAAGGAGCUCAGGAUCCAUCUGAAUUUCUAGAAUGGCAGAAGCAAAUGAGUAAAAGAGACUUGGAUGAACAGCUGGCAGAAACAGAGUGUAGGAGGCUGCAAGGCAAGCUAAGCUAUGAAGAGGCAAUUCUUGCACAUCAGAACUGUGUUCAGGAGAAUAAAAAAAAGGCUGAGCAGAGGAGGGAAGAGAAAAUGGAAAUUAGACAACAGUGUGCAGAAAGAUGCCUUCAAGAAAGUAAGGAAAGAAAAAAAAUGGUGCAGCAAGUGAUAGAAGGGCGCAAAAACGUGAAGCAAGCACGAAUAAAGACCCAAAAAAGCAAACACCAAAUAGUGCAAGAAGUGUCUGAAGAAAGCCAGGAAUUCCUUCGUCAGGCUUUGGAAGAAGAAGAAGAAACAUUCAAAAAAAGAUACAAAUUGAUUCAGCAACUAAGAGCUAUAGAGUAUGUGCCAUUCCUUAAUAACAGAUUUGUUGACUUAACCCAGACUCCUGAACAUGGUGUUCUGGGUGAAAUGUCAGUAGCAGAACUGCGAGAACGCUUAGCCUUGCUGCAUGAAGCUCAAAAGAAGACAGAAGAGGAAAAGAGAGAUCUGAUAGUUCGUGAAAAACACAUUAAGGAACAGCUUCUUUUGAACAAACUGGAUCAAAUCUCAGCUUUCAGAGAAGCAUUUGGAAGAGCAGCUGCACUGAAGCAAGAAGAAAAGAAAAUUAAGAUGCAGUUUAGUGAAGGUAUUUUGAAAGAUGAACGUGUUUUAAAUCUACAGAAAAAAAUUGUUGAAAAAUCUACGGAACGUAAAAUACAAACUGGGCAUUUUAAAAAUACACCCCUUAAGUACAAAGAAGAUUCAAGGAGAUCUUGGAAGUCACAAAAAAAAUCUCUGCAAGAGGAUCACUGGCAGAAGUUGGAAGAAAGUCGACAACAACAGUUCAAGAUGCUUCAGAAUGGUUUUAUGUCAAGAGAAGUGGCUCGGAAAAUGAUUGCAUAUGAGGCUGGGAGAACUGGAACAACUGCUUGUAUAUUGCGUUCUUAAGUCAGAAACACAUUUCCAUUUCCUAGAUGUGGCAUAAUAUAAUACCUACAAAUGCACUUCUAGAGCUGCCCUUUAGAAGUAUUAAUAUAGAUUUUAAAAUCAAAUUCUACAUUAUACUAAAGAAAAUGGGAGCUGCUUUUGUUCACUUUGUGAAAACCAUUAAGCCUUAAUAUGUUGAGCUCUGUAAUAUUGGUAAUAUUACUGGUGGUUGAAAGAAAUAGCUGUAAGUCUUAGAGAACAAAUGUGAUAUAUUCGACAUGAUCUACUGUAUAUUAAGUUUUCAAAAUAUAAAUAUGGGAGAUGAAUCUGAGUGUUAAUACACAUACUAAUAUUUUUCAAAUAGAUUUUCCAGAAACAUUCUCCCCUGCACUUUA